UCAUGUUUCGAACCUGCAGUCUUGGCACGGCGUAAAAGUACAAAGUACACCCUUUUCUACUUGUCCAAUCUUUUCAUCCAACUUUAUCCUUAUCAGCUACUGGUCUCUGCUCCAUCGAGUCCAGUUAAUACAAGCCGUCCGCUAACGAACAUAGCAACGCAUCUGAAUCUGCAAGCAGUGCUUCAUUGACUUGCUGGCGUCUUACUCGCGUAAUCUGUCAGUCCCAGAUAUAUAAGCGGUCGCAACCUGCAGUCAAAGAUGGCUUCUGUCACCUACCGCGCAUCCGGUUUCUGGGCGGAUAGGAUGAGCUACUUUGGGGAUACGGAACAGGGCAUGGACGAUGUUGAGGUGGAUUUGGACAUUGAGUAUGAUAAAAGGACGCCGUUGGACAAAACUAUUGAUAGAAUCGGGAUGGGGAGUUAUCAAUGGACGCUGCUGUCAUUAUGCGGGUUUGGAUGGAUGGCGGAUAAUAUGUGGAUUCAAGCUGUUGCAAUAAUUCUCCCUAGAGUACAACAACAUUAUUCAGUUUCUGACACCUACAGUGGGACUCUUUCAUCGUCCAUGUUCGCUGGCAUGAUGUUCGGCGCUGUGGGCUGGGGAACCUGCUCCGACCUCCUGGGGCGCAGUGCUGCGUUUAACGCAACUCUCUUUUUCACUGCAAUAUUCGGCAUUCUUGCAUCUUUCGCAUGGUCGUUUUGGUCAUUAUGCAUCCUGCUAUUUUUCCUCGGUAGCGCAGUUGGUGGUUCAAUGCCAACUGACGGCACCCUUCUCCUCGAACAUAUGCCUAACGGGAAGCAAUAUCUUGUCACUGCGCUUUCCGUAUUUUUCUCCCUAGGCUCUGUUCUAUCCGCGGGCGUUGCGUUGAUAGUCAUUCCUUCCCGCUCAUGUCCCCCUAACGAGCCCUGCGAUGUCGCUACCCAGAAUACAGGCUGGAAAUACAUGCUCGUAUGCCUCGGUAUCAUUACACUUUCAAUGUUCCUCGCACGUAUGGUCUUCUUCCGUUUGCAUGAGUCCCCGCGGUAUCUCGUACACGCUGGGCGACACCAAGAAGCACUAGAAAGUCUCCAGCUCAUCUCUAGAUUCAAUGGCUCCGAGCUACCACUAGAGCUAGAAGACGUCGAUGACAGGCCUCCGCCCGUCUCCGAAGCACAUGGAUCUGCAGGGGAGCGUGUACCAUUCCUCCCUAACUCCAACUCCAAAGAUCCUCGAACAAAUGGGGAGACACUAUUCGACGCAGGUGCAGAUAACAGUAGCACAUCAAGCGAUCCGAAUCAGAAUGGAACAAAAGUCUACCAAUCUAUGGACGAAGCCUCUCAUGGUGCACUAGAUGGACACUCGUUCAUAACGCCCGUAGGAGAAGUACCUCCACGUGGGCAAAGCCUUGCACGUGGACAUAACUCUCGUCCUUCCUCUCGAGACUGGGAGUCCGAUUCUAAACACCUUUUCUCGAUCCCUGAGGCGCGCCCACGGCCUUGCCAAGGUACCAUACACCCGCGGACGUCAUCUGUCGUCUCUUUUGAGAUGAAACAGCGUGUUGGAAGCGUGCUUCCGCGAUGGGUGCGCCGGCCGCUGCUUGCUUGGCUAGACCGUGUCGGCAUGGUCUUGGCUCCUGAAUGGUUCCGGACGACGAUACUCAUGUGGGGCGUGUGGUUCUUCAUGUCAUUAGCGUAUACGAUGUUUAAUGUCUACCUCCCCAAGCUGCUCGAAACUGGAUCGAGUGAUGAUACCUCGACGAAGUCUCUAGAAGCUAGCUUGUGGGAUGUUUUAAUAUUUACUAUGGGAGGGUGUCCUGGUGCUAUCCUCGGAGCCUAUAUGGUCGAAAGUCCUCUUGGCCGGAGAGGCUCGCUGGCUGCGACCACGUUCAUCACAGCAUUCUUUUGUAUCGUGUUUGUGCUCGUCAGAAGCGCGUUUUUGGUGCGCAUAAGUUCGGUUGGGAUCAGCCUUAGUGCCACGACCAUGUACGCAGUACUAUAUGGCUGGACGCCAGAAAUAUUCGGGACAAAGGUUCGGGGAACAGCAUGUGGCAUCGCAUCCGCGCUAUCACGAAUAGGGGGGAUGAUCGCUCCUCUAGUUGGCGGCGCACUUCUUGUCUUGAACCGCGCGUUCCCGGUGUGGGCGGGCGUCUUUGUGUAUGGCAUCACUGGCGUCUUUGUGCUGCUCUUGCGGGAGUCUGCUGGGAAUUCUAGUGCGGGCGCAGAGCGGUCGUUCAUGCACUGACGUAAGUCUUGUGCUGACAGAGGUGUAUAGCGCUGUUGGAUUCAUGUGCUGCUGCUUCUGAUCGAUUAUCGUUGUGCUGUGAUAUAUUGUAUCAUGGUCUCUGCUC